AUGCCGGAAACAGAGGAGUACCAACUUCGCCCGCUGGGCUGGGAGAACGACCCGGAGGUGGAGAGGCUGAGGUUCUCCAGCCUCGAUUACCUCGCUGCCUGUACCUACAACAGUUACGCUUUAUUUUUUAAACUGAAAGAUGAAGAGAGGGCCAAGACUCUCGCCGUUUUGAAAGAGGGCCUGGAAAGGACAUUGGCACAAUGCAGGCAGCUGGUCGGGACAAUCGAAAAGAACGACGACGACGAUGACCACUCCUUCGUUAAGAAGCGAGACAGCACCGUUAAAUUCGUUGUCAAAUACUUCGAGGAAGAAGACGACACACCCUCCAUGUCGGACAUCGAGAGGGCUCACUUUGCCUCGUCCUCCCUCGGAGACACCGGCCGGUUUGUGGUUGAGGGUAUGUCAUAUGGCGAGAAACCCGAGUGUUUGCCAAGCACGAAGCCCGUCGUUUCGGCGUUCCAGGCGAACUUCAUUACUGGCGGGCUCAUUUUUGUCGCCAACACCCAUCACUACUCCAACGACGUGAUGGGAUGGGCCAACUUCGUCUAUCAGCUAGCCGACAACUGCAAUUCCAUCGUCAACCUGACCGCGCCUCCCUCAUGGGACUCAGCGAACUUAGAUGCAACUCGGUUCACUGCCUCCGACUUCCCUUCUGCAUCAAAGGUUGACGGUCCCACGUCCCCGGAGCGCCAUCCUCUGUUGCGCGAGCAUGCUGCGCUCUUGUUCCACCUCCCCAAAAGCAAGGCCGAAGAGCUAAAGGGGCUCGCUACGCCAGCCGGGCAAUAUCAAACUAUCCCUUGGGUUUCGACUUACGAUGCCUUUUCAGCCCUCCUAUGGCGCGUCAUUACCCGGCAUCGCGUUGCUCUUUACAACCCGGACCUCGACGAAACACCCACCCUGAUCGAAGGACGCAACUUGUUCUGGGUGGCGAUCUCAGCGAAGUACCCGGAUCCCCUCACUAUCAAGGAGAUUGCCUCCCUAGGAGACGCGGUCCCCCUUUCUCUUCUGGCGACCAAGAUCCGCGGCAUGACUAACAGUAUGGACCAAGCAGCGCUGGACCAGGUCCUUGCCAUGCUGGCUCCCAUUCGUGACAAGACCUGCCUGUUUUCGAGAGUUGACUCAUUCCCGCCCCUAACGGUGGUUAUCACCGACUGGCGGUUAGCUGCCGUGUGUGAGAAGGCUGACUUUGGCUUUGCCCGGCCAUGCGCUUUCCGGCAUUUCUUCGAUGCCGUAUCCGAGGGUCUGAUUGUGGUCUAUCCACCUCGCAUGUUUGGGAGUGAUACCGAUGAGGGCUGCGAGUUUGUGGUCACGAUGGAGAACGAGAUUGUGGAGGCGGUCUUGGGUGAUCCGGAUAUGAAGAAGUAUUUCGAGUUCAGAGGGUACGAGGUGAAAAGGGGCGUAGAGAGUUCGUUGGGAUAA